AUGUCCUCCCACCAGUCGAGUGCCUCCCAUGCGGCCAUCCCCGUCUACAACCCCGUGGCCGCCAUCAGCGCCCCCGCCGGCACCCUCCUGCCCGGCACCAAGAUCCAGGUCGGCAGCCACCGCGUCGUCGUCGAGAAAUACCUCUCCGAGGGCGGCUUCGCCCACGUCUACGUCGUGCGCCUGCCCCAGCCCGUCGAUGGCUCCGACCGCGCCGUCCUCAAGCGGGUCGCCGUCCCGGACAAGGCGGCCCUGGCCAACAUGCGCACCGAGGUCGAGACCAUGAAGAAGCUCAAGGGCCACCGCCACAUCGUCACCUACAUUGACUCCCAUGCGUCGCAGCUGCGGGGCGGCGGCUACGAGGUCUUCCUGCUGAUGGAGUUCUGCUCCGGCAGCGGCCUGAUCGACUUCAUGAACACGCGCCUGCAGAACCGCCUCACCGAGCCCGAGAUCAUCAAGAUCUUCUCCGACGUGGCCGAGGGCGUCGCCUGCAUGCACUACCUCAAGCCCCCGCUGCUGCACCGCGACCUCAAGGUCGAGAACGUCCUCAUCUCCCGCACCGGGAGUACCUCCCUCUACAAGCUGUGCGACUUCGGCUCCACCGCGCCCCCGCGCCCGGCCGCCACAUCCGCCGCGGAGGGCCGCCUGAUCGAGGACGACGUCCAGCGCCACACCACGCUGCAGUACCGCAGCCCGGAGAUGAUCGACGUCUACCGCAAGCAGCCCAUCGACGAGAAGAGCGACAUCUGGGCCCUGGGGGUCCUCCUGUACAAGCUGUGCUACUACACGACCCCCUUCGAGGAGGUGGGACAGAUGGCCAUUCUCAAUGCCAGCUACAAAUUCCCGAGUUACCCGCCCUUCUCCGAUCGCCUGAAGAUGCUCAUUGCCUGGAUGCUGAAGGAACACCCGCAAAAACGCCCGAAUAUUUAUGAGGUGGUGCGCGAGGUCUGCCACAUGCAAGGGAAGGAUGUCCCCAUUCGCGACAUCUACGCUACUCGCUCCACAUCGGAGGCCCGCCGCUAUCAGAAGCUGCCGCCCUCCCCCACGGAAGCGCCACAGGUGGGCGCCGUGUUCUCUCCCCCGAUCCAGGAGACGCAGAUCAUCCCGGAGAUCGCUCCCAUGCGGCGCGGACGCCCAACCCGGCCGACCCCGUCGCAGCACAACUCGGCCAAGCCGAGUCCGUCCCCGUUCCGGGGCUCCGGGGAUCCCUUCUCGGUGCUGGAUGGAACCCAGCGGGCGUCGACGGAUGAGUUCGCGAACCGAUUCCCCUCGCUCGACCAGUUCCAGAUCCUGCACGAGAAGGGCGGCAAGUUUGACUUCGAGCCCACCGUUUCGGAAAACAAGCAGGAGGAUGAGGAUCUGGCCCGCCGGCUCACCAACGCCCUGGCGGACGACGCAUUUGCCCAACACCGCUCCCCAGACAGCGAGCCCCUCCCCAAGCCCGCGUCGGAGCCCACGGUGAACCGUCGCCCCCAGCCCACCCCGCUCAAGACGAAGUCCUCGGAGCUGCUGGAGACCUACCGCGAGGACCGACCCCAGGUGCCGCUGUACCAGCCCGUCCCGAAGAAGCCGGUCAUGGUGUCGACGGGCACGAUGACUUCGCCCCCGGCAACACCCGGACUGCCCGAGCCCAAACCGUCCAGCCGGCCGAUCUUCAAGUUCCCCAGCAGCGACCACCAACGCCGGCCGUCCAGUCAGCCGUGGACGGCGGAGGCGGACAAGAAACCGUCCCGUCCGAGCAAGGCGUCGUCGCCCACGGCCUCGUCCUUCCCCAACCCCCGGGUCUCGGCUGACCGCAUCUCCGAUCUGUCCGCUUCUCCACGCCCCUCGCUCGACGGGCUCCGGCCGAAUCUGGAAGUGGAGGAGCCGGUUGGGCGGUCCAAGUCGGCGAACAGCCGGCGGCCCCAGUCGAUCCACGCGGGGGCCCGGUACGAGCUGCCCCGCGGGUCGGAGAGCGCACGCUCGUCGCUUGACCUGCCGCGCACGCCGUAUGACGGCGGAGCGCCCCUGCAGCAUGCGCGGACGGAGACGGACCAGCCGUACGACCGCAACAUCUCGUCGGACGUGGACUACCUGCGGGCGCGGGAGGAGGAGAGCAGCCGGAAGCGCGAGAAACGACACAGCGGGGCUCCCAAGCACAGCAAGCGGUCGAGCCUGUCGACGCUGUCGCUGUCCGGCACGAAGACGAUCUUUGCGGGGCGGUUCGGCGACGCGUUCCGACGCUUCGAGAGCAACGAGGGCAAGGUGCAGUCCCCGGCGGCGGAGGAGUUCCCCAAGCCGAUGCUGGCGGCGGCAGAGGUGACAGCGGAGCCGGCCAACGACCUGAUCGAGAUGGAGAACGAGGACAUCUCGCCGGAGAUGCGGCGGGAGCUGGAGCGGCGGCGGCUGUCGCAGGAGGAAAAGCGCGUGGCCAGCGCGGCGGCGGAGUACCGGCGGCGGGUGGCGGACGGUGGCUGGAAGGGCGGCGACGGGGCGCGGUCGCAGACGAUCCAGAACAAGAUGCAGUCGCUGCUGAGCGAGAGCAACCGGCCGGCGCCUCCGCCCAAGACGGCGACGGGAUACGGGCGGUACACGGAGGAGUCGGUCGCGGCGGCCCCGCCCGCAGAGGCGCGUCCGGAGGUGCGGUUGAACACACGCGUGACGGGCUCCGGAUACCCGGCGUCGUCGUCGCCGAUGCAGGAACGGUACGAGCUGCCGGGGCUGGCCAGGCAGGAGACGGCGUCGACGCAGCGGACCGGGACGGCGCGGCCGGCGCUGCCGCCCAAGCCGAAGGGGCUGCGCUCGGCGACGGGGGCCGGGGACGACUGGGAGAACUUCAGCCGGCGGUUCCCGAGUCUGUCGGGGAUAGAGAUGGAGACGGAGAUCGAGAUGCCGCGGGUGCCGCUGCGGACGCGGGAGGUGUAAUGGAUGCAUAGGGAUAUGGGAUAUAGACGGUGUGGAUAUACAUAGUUAGACGUCAGCGAGCGACAUAUUGAGAG